AUGGGUAGGGUAAACAACCCUCUGGAACCUGCAACCUGGCAUGGUAGUAAGAAAACCUUUGUGGCAUUCGUCGGUCUUCUAACUCUCUUCAACAGCGUCUUUGAUUCUACCAUCCCCAGUGGCGGAAUUCGGUUCAUUGCUGCUGCAUUGAACGUACAGGGCGAAUCUCAACUUGCUCUGCCCACUUCCGUGUUCUUGAUCGGAUACGUGACUGGACCCUUGGCCUUCGGGCCCAUGAGUGAGGUUUAUGGCCGACGAGUGGUCAUGAUUGGGAGCUUUGUGCUCUUUACCAUCUUCACACUUGCAUGCGCUGUGGCCCCGAGCUGGUUGGCGUUGAUCAUAUUUCGAUCACUAUGCGGUAUCUUCGCAUCCACCCCAAUUGCAGUCACUGGAGGUAUUUUUGCAGACAUAUACCGCUCUCCUCUGACUCGGGGCCGAGUUAUGGCCCUCUCAAUGGCGGUCACUGCUGCCGGCCCGCAAUUUGCUCCAGUAAUCGCAGGAUUUGUUGCAACUGCGGGAUGGAGAUGGAUUUUUUGGGUGUCGCUCAUCCUUGCUGGUGUAACUCUGGUUCCAGUUUUGUUUCUCCCGGAAACUUUUCAGCCUGCCCUGGUGAAGCAGCCGCAACGGCGUGGUGAGGGAGUCGUCACCAAGGCGCUUGCCCGCCCACUCUACAUGCUUUUCUGUGAGCCAAUCCUAUCAUUCACUUGCCUCUAUCUGUCAUAUGCAAGUGCAAUAUUCUUCAUGUACUUCGAAGCGUAUCCCCUGAUUUUUCAGGGAGUCUACGGGAUGAGCGAUGGUAUCGCAGGAUUGGCCUUUCUCCCUAUCGCUGUAGGAGCUGGUAUCGGAUUGGGAAUCUUCUUAGCAUAUGACUCAUUCCUGCAGCGUGCAAAAUCAAGAAGAACCAGCUGGUCUUCCAUCGAGGAAUACCAGCGGCUCCCUCUAGCAUGUCUAGGAGGUCCCUUGUACAUGGUUGCCCUCUUUUGGCUCGGAUGGAGUGCUUCACUAGAUAUACAUUGGAUCGUUCCCAUGCUGGCGGGUAUACCGUUUGGGAUGGGAUUCUUCCUCAUAUUUGUGGCUCUGAUUAAUUAUCUGAUCGAUGCUUAUCACGAAUACGCCGCCAGUGCCAUGGCAGCUGCAAGCUGUUGCCGCAGUAUCUUGGGAGCCGUGUUGCCACUUGCUGCUGUCCCAAUGUUUCGCCGGUUGGGUAUAGCAUGGGGGUGUAGCUUGCUGGGAUUCUUGAGCCUUCUCAUGUCCUUGAUUCCGUUCGUAUUCAUCCGAUAUGGCGAUAAAAUCCGUUCAAGGAGCAGGUAUGGGCAUUGA